AUGAAAAAUUUCCUUAUAUUCAUUGCAUCACUUAGUUAGGUGCUCAGUUAAACUGCAAAUUGUGUAGGAAUGAAUUCGGCCACAUGUGCAACUAAUUCAGGCUAUUGUUAUUGGACAGGUAGUGCUUGUUAAUUGGCAGAAUGCCAUAAAGUUACUGAUGUAAGGGCUUGCAGAUCUUCCACAAGUGGAUAUCUGGCGACUUAAAGUAAAUGCAAAGAAAUAACUACGGUCGAUCCAAAUUUUCUGAAUUAAUGCAUGGAAAACGAUUAGACUACUAUGAUGUAUGCUUAUGCAAGAUUCCCUACAGAUAUUACUUAAUUAUAUUCAACAAAAACAACAAGUGGCUAUUUGGUGACUACCAUAAUGACUGCUAAGUACACCUCAUAAUAUAAAUAUGAAAUAUUAACAGUGAACAUUUUGACAGCCUCUUCAGCAGAAUUGUUGAAUAUUAUGAAUGCCUAUGUGUAGAUGCAAUAUGAUCUGGUUGACCCAGAGAUUCACCCAUAAUAUUUGGAGAAAGCUAUCUACGAAUCCAUGCAAGCAAUUAGAGAUGAUGUCACAUUGACUUUUUCUAGUACACCCAAUAAAAAACAAGAUUAUUACACUGUGUUAUGGAGAAUGACAGAUGCCUACUUUCUAAAAUUAAGAUCAUAUCAGCCUUUCUACAUAUCUAAUAAAUAUUUAAUCAAUUUUGGGUUUGCACACUUCAAUCGUAUCACUAUUACAUUAACAUCAUAAUUACAAUCUACUUAAAUAACUUGGACUACUUAUGCCGAUAAUGGAUACUUGGAAUUACUAGUCAUUCCUGCCGAAUAAUUUGGAAUUUUAGGUUCAUUGUCUGAUAUCAUAAUAAUUAGACCCUCAAAACUUGAUGGCAGUGACGCAUCGCUUUCUUUCACUAUAAGAUGGUUAUGGUCUUACGAUGGUACAUAACCAUAGAGCAGUGCUAAUUUAUAUUCACUUGAUAAGAUUGAGAUGAACAGUUUCUCUAGCGUAAUGACAGCGGGUUGUGUUACAGGAUCAAAAUAUUGCUAAACUGGAACUAUAACUCAAUCCACCACAAAAGCUUAUAUGAUAGGCGCAAGCUCAUUUCCUUCUUAAGUAAGCACAAGCAGAUAUUACUCAAGGUGCAGAUUAGGACGUUUUACAUGGACUGGAUCUUCAAAUUCUUGUGCUUGA